UUUUUUUUUUCCUUUCUAGUUUGAUUACUAUCGGGCUCGUGACUUAAAUGAUCUUACUUGUGAGGCCCACGCCUUCUUAAUCCGGUGCCACAAUGCGCCUUUUACAGCUCCAUAAUUACCCCAGCUUCAGCCUGGCCGAGUUUGCCGAAGAUGAGGUUCCCCGCUACGCAAUACUCUCGCACACCUGGGGACGUGACGGCGAUGAAGUCACGUACAAAGACAUCAGAGAUGGCACUGGAGGUGGCAAGGCUGGUUACGACAAGCUCCGUUUCUGCGCAGUCCAAGCCAUCAAUGACGGGCUGGACUACUGCUGGAUAGACACCUGUUGUAUUGACAAGACAAAUGCCGCCGAGCUUACUGAAAGUAUCAACUCCAUGUUUCGGUGGUAUCAGAAUGCUAUUAAAUGUUAUGUUUUCCUCGCAGAUGUCUCGACUUCUAUGAGCGAGGAAGACAGACACUCCCAGCUGCGGAAUAGUCGGUGGUUCACUCGAGGCUGGACGCUACAAGAGCUCAUUGCUCCUCAAUGCGUCGAAUUUUUCUCGCAAAAGGGUGAGCGGCUUGGAGACAGAAAGUCGCUAGAAAAGCAGAUUCACCAGGUUUCGGGCAUUUCUAUUCAUGCGCUUCGGGGGGAGCCACUGUCUCACUUUACGAUCGAUGAGCGCAUGUCAUGGGCAGCAAACAGAAUAACUAAGCGCCCUGAAGACAAAGUUUACUCUCUUCUUGGAAUUUUCGAUAUUCAUAUGGAAGCUAUCUACGGCGAGGGCGAGCAUCAUGCAUCUCGGCGGCUCCUGAGGGAGCUCGAGAGACAGCUAGAAACACCUCAAGUGAACCCGACAUGGAUCGUGCCAUUCGAGCGGAACUCUCGCUUCACUAGCCGCGAGCCUGAGCUGACUCGGCUCGAAAAUAUGCUAUUCGGCAAGAAUCGUACAGCGAAGCUUGCGAUCACCGGUCUUGGAGGCGUAGGAAAGACCCAGCUGGUCAUCGAACUGCUCUACCGCAUCGCCGACAAGCAAAAGCACUGCUCGGUUAUCUGGAUUUCCGCAGUUAACACAGAAAGUCUGCACCAAUCUUACCUGGACGUUGCCCGGCAACUUGGUAUACCUGGGUGUGAAGACGACAAGGCAGAUGUGAAGAUACUGGUGCAGGCACAUUUGAGCAGAGAAAGUACAGGGCAGUGGCUGCUAGUAUUCGACAACGCCGACGACAUCGACAUGUGGAUUGCCAAGCCUGGACCUGGGCUGAAGCUUGGGCAGGGAUCGCACCCUUUGAUGGACUACCUCCCGAAGAGCAAGCAUGGAGCCGUUGUAUUUACGACACGCGACAGGAAGAUAGCAGUUAAGCUCGCGCAACAGAACGUGGUGGACGUUCCGGAGAUGGGAGAAGACGCGGCUGCCCAGCUGCUAAGAAAGUGUCUGGUUAAUGCGGAUCUCGCCAAAAGUCGGCAAGAGACAGGUGCACUGCUUUUACAGCUCACCUACCUUCCGCUAGCCAUUGUGCAGGCAGCGGCGUACAUCAACGAGAAUGCGAUAUCACUCGCAAACUAUCUGUCGCUCUUGGCUGAACAGGAAGAGGAGGUAAUUGAUCUUCUUAGCGAGGAGUUUGAAGACGACGGGAGGUAUCGUACCAUCAAGAAUCCGAUAGCCACAACAUGGCUGAUAUCGUUUGACCAAAUCCGGCGGCGCGAUCGUCUGGCGGCCGAUUACUUAUCGUUUAUGGCCUGUAUAGAGCCAAAGGACAUUCCGCAGUCUCUCCUUCCGGCAGGGUCCUCGCGGAAGAUGGAAGUGGAUGCGAUCGGAACACUUACUGCGUAUUCGUUUCUUAGUAAACGACCGGCCGACCAGGCUUUCGACUUGCAUCGGUUGGUGCAUCUAGCCACGCGCAAUUAUCUCCGGUUGGAAGACGGACUAGCACCAGCAACAGAGAAAGCCAUUGUGCGCAUGGAAGAGGUCUUCCCCAGCCAUAACCACGAGAAUAGAAGCAUUUGGAGGAGAUAUUUGCCACAUGUCCGUUUUGCACUGGACUCCGAUGUUGUUCACAAAGAUCAGCAAUCUAGGAUGGAUCUCAUGUGGAGGUAUGGAUUGUGCCUAUUUGCAGAUGGGCGGUGGAGUGAUACAGAGAAAGUGACUUCACAAGUACUGGAAGCUCGUAAGAGAGUGCUUGGAGAGGAGGAUCGCGACACAUUGACCAGCAUGAGCAGACUUGCGACAAUAUAUAGAUAUCGUGGACGGUGGAAAGACGCUGAGGAGCUACAGCUAAAAGAUUUAGAGAUAUGCAAGAGACUGUUUGGCGAUAACGACGGAGAUACUCUCACGAGCAUGGAAAGUCUAGCUUCGACGUAUCUCGCACAAGGUCGGUGGAACGAUGCUGAAAUGCUGCUGUUGCAAGUAGUGGAAGCUCGAAAACAGCGCAAGGGGUCGAAGCAUCCAGACACGCUGAUCAGCAUGGCUAAACUGGCGUCAACGUACAGGAACAAAGGCAAGUGGGACAGGGCCGAGCAGCUGGAGGCGCAAGUGGUGGAGACUCGCAAGAGGGUACUUGGACCGGAGCAUCCAGCCACGCUGUCCAGCGUAGCUAACCUGGCGUCGACGUACAGGGACAAAGGCCGGUGGGACGAGGCCGAAGAGCUGGAAGUGCAAGUGGUGGAGACUAGCAAGAGAGUACUUGGGCUGGAGCAUCCAGACACGCUGACCAGCAUAGCUAACCUGGCGUCGACGUACAGGAACAAAGGCCGGUGGGACGAGGCCGAAGAUCUUGACAUCCAAGUGAUGGAGGCUCGCAAGAGGACGACCAAGAGGGUACUUGGACCGGAGCAUCCAGACUCUCUGGCUAGCAUAGCUAACCUGGCAUCGACGUACAGGAACAAAGGCCGAUGGAACGAGGCCGAAGAGCUGGAAGUGCAUGUGACGGAGACGACCAAGAGGGUACUUGGACCGGAGCAUCCAGACUCUCUGGACAGCAUAGCCAACCUGGCAUCAACGUACAGGAACAAAGGUCGAUGGAACGAGACCGAAGAGCUGGAAGUGCAAGUGAUGGAGGCUCGCAAGAGGUUGCUUGGGCCGGAGCAUCCACACACGCUGACCAGCAUAGCUAACCUAGCGUUUACGUACAGGAACAAAGGCCGGUGGGACGAGGCCGAAGAGCUGGAGGUGCAAGUGAUGGAGGCUCGCAAGAGGCUGCUUGGACCGGAGCAUCCAGCCACGCUGACCAGCAAAGCCAACCUGGCGUCGACCAAAGCCAACCUGGCGUCGACGUACCGGAACAAAGGCCGGUGGGACGAGGCCGAAGAGCUGGAGGUGCAAGUGAUGGAGACAACCAAGAGGGUGCUUGGACCGGAGCAUCCAGACACUCUGUCCAGCAUGGCCAACCUGGCAUCGACGUACAGGAACAAAGGCCGGUGGGACGAGGCCGAAGAGCUAGACGUCCAAGUGAUAGAGGCUCGCAGGAGGGUGCUUGGGCUAGAGCACCCAGACACUCUGACCAGCAAAGCCAACCUGGCGUUGACGUACGCGAACAAAGGCUGGUGGGACGAGGCCGAAAAGUUGGGGGUGCAAGUGGUGGAGACGAUCAAGAGGGUACUUGGGCCGGAGCAUCCAGACACUCUGACCAGCAUGGCCAACUUAGCGUCAACGUACAGGAACAAAGGCCAGUGGAAUGAGGCCGAAGAGUUAGGGGUGCAAGUGAUGGAGACAACCAAGAGGGUGCUUGGGCCGGAGCAUCCAGACACGCUGUCCAGAAUGGCCAGCCUUUCCUUUACAUGGAAAGCUAUGGGAAAGCAAGCCGAAGCUCUCUAG